GGAAUUUAUAGAUGUGUCACUCACUUUUUUUUCAACAAAUAUUCCAGCAAUUUGGGGGCUGUCGGAAUGCUCCUGGGUGGUAAGAAUAGACGACAAUGGCUGGGAAGAGACUUGUUGUCUUUUGUCUUGUAACAGUUGUCAGCCUAGUAAAGUCACAGAGGCGAGUGUAGGACACAACCAGAAGCCUCCAAGCAACUCCCCUGUCCCUUACAGUCAUGUAAUACAUGGGGACAAUCUGUCCUGCCAGCGACUUGAUGUGCUGCUGUUAAACACUCAUAGAUUUCAUUCAUGGAACGUUCAUCAAUGGCUUGUUUUUCCUUUCAUCUGCUGUAAAAAUCUCUUGUUAUCGGGAGCAAGAAGACAUUGGCCACUAUGGAGUAUUUGGACUCAGUAGGAUAUUUAAUUAUCACUUUUAACUACAGUGUUACUGCGAUCGGGAAGGUAUGGCUCACAUUAAUGCUGUUGCUGAGGAUGGCUAUGGUGUUAUUUGCUGGAUACCCUCUCUAUCAAGAUGAGCAGGAGCGAUUCAUCUGCAACACGUUGCAGCCCGGCUGCUCCAACGUCUGCUAUGAUAUCUUCUCUCCUGUCUCCCACAUGAGAUUUUGGCUUUUUCAGACCAUGAUAGUCUUCCUUCCCUAUGCUAUGUUCACCGUGCACAUUUUGCACCGGGUGGUUGGCUACAUGGCACCCACAAAUGAUCACUUCCGAAAAAGCAACACCCCUACUUAUCAUGGCGUGGGCUUACAGAUGGAGAUCCCUGACUUUUCCAUGGCCUAUAUCGUUCAUUUAAUCGUGAGAACUACUAUAGAGGCUGGUUUCUGCACGGGUCAAUAUUUCCUCUUUGGAAUAUUCGUUCCGAAGAGUUUUAGCUGUUCGCAGGCCCCUUGUACCAGCAGCGUUGACUGUUACAUCUCUAGGCCCACCGAAAAAUCUCUCAUGAUGGUCUUUAUCUGGGGAAUUGGCGUGAUAUCUCUCAUACUUGGGCUGGUGGACCUCAUGUAUGUAAUCCACAGGCGAAGACGCUCAGAGCGCCUCAAGAGAGAACUGCUUUUGCUGGAAAACGACUCACUAAAAGGCGGCUGCUGUCCAGAUUCACCUCCAAAUUCGAACUUGCACGGAGCUCCCGAGCAAAUGGCCUUGUAUGUUGAUCCAGCUUCCAAUGACCUUGGAAAGAUAGAGGAGAAAAUGAAGGGCGACUCCCAUUCUCUGCCGUCGUAUGAAGGGGAAACGGCUUCUUUUCAAACUGAAAGUUCCGGCCACAAUGUGGGGAAGUCCAAUAUGAACGCCAACAGCAAUAAAUCGUGUGCUUGGCAAGUAAGUCUGGCUUCCAAUGACGGCAAAUCCACCCAGAGUGAACACCAUGUCAUCACCCAAAGGCAAAUCAAGCCAAAGAAAGAGAAUGGCAGCAGUUCCAAUCUGGAAAUAUUCAGCCCCUCUGAAAAACUCCCGGCGUCCAAAUCCAAGAAAUCAGAGUGGGUUUAACGAUGGGUAAAUGUUUGGUCAUUGUUAUGUGAUUGAUGUUUUAGAGUCUAAAUUUAUCAAAAGUGAAGUUAGAGAUGGCCACAGUCCUCUAGAGUGAAAUUCCACCACUCUCCAUUCA